CUCCACCUGUUAUCACGUGCAUCUCACGUGAGGACGACCUUGGUUGCCUAAUGGGCGUUGAGGGAGUAGUCCUCGAAGUGUUUCUUCGUCCCCAUUUCCUGAACUGUCAAAUUCACAUCGAUCAACGGUUUCGAUCUUUCUCCAUACGGCCCAAAUUCCCAAUUCCGGUGUCUAGGUUCGCUCCCCAACCUAAUUUAUUCGUAUCCAAACUCUUAAGGUGCGUAGAGUAAGGCUUUAGGAUUUGGGAUUUGAUUGUGAUAAGCAUGAAUUACUUAAUUGGAGCUUUCAAGCCAUCCUGCAACAUUUCAAUCACAUUCUCGGAUGGAAAAACUCGAAAGCAGGUCCCUAUAAAGAAGGAAAAUGGGCACACAGUCAUGGUUCCUCUUUUCCAAAGUCAAGAAAACAUAGUUGGGAAGAUUUCGAUAGAGCCAAUUCAAGGGAAGAAGGUUGAUCACAAUGGAGUGAAAGUUGAGCUUCUUGGUCAGAUAGAGAUGUACUUUGAUAGAGGCAACUUCUAUGACUUUACUUCCCUUGUUCGUGAGCUGGAUGUUCCUGGAGAUAUAUAUGAGAAGAAAACAUAUCCAUUUGAAUUUUCUACAGUUGAAAUGCCAUACGAGACAUACAAUGGUGUGAAUGUGAGGCUUAGGUAUGUCCUGAAAGUCACAAUCAGUCGUGGUUAUGCUGGUAGCAUAGUGGAAUACCAAGAUUUUAUGGUUCGCAACUAUUCCCCACUACCAUCAAUCAACAAUAGCAUCAAGAUGGAAGUUGGAAUUGAAGAUUGCCUACACAUUGAGUUUGAGUAUAACAAAAGCAAGUAUCAUCUGAAAGAUGUUAUUAUCGGCAAGAUAUAUUUUCUUCUUGUAAGAAUCAAGUUAAAGAAUAUGGAUCUGGAGAUCAGGCGACGAGAAUCAACAGGAUCAGGGGCCAAUACCCAUGUUGAGACAGAGACGCUUGCUAAAUUUGAGUUGAUGGAUGGUGCUCCAGUUAGAGGUGAAUCAAUCCCAAUCAGACUCUUCCUUAGCCCUUAUGAACUGACACCCACAUAUCGAAACAUCAAUAACAAAUUCAGUGUGAAGUAUUAUUUGAAUCUUGUUCUAGUUGAUGAAGAGGACCGACGGUACUUUAAGCAGCAGGAAAUCACCAUAUACAGGCUUCAGGAGGAAACUUCCUGAUUACUUAUCUCACAUGGUAUCAGCAUUGGAUCCCAGUUGAAAUGGGAAAAAGAAGAUCAAUUGCCUCUCGAAGCCUUGUAAAGCUUUCUUUGUUUUCAUUUCUAUAGUCAGAGAAACUUGUUUCUAUAAAGGGCUAGGAUUGGCACUCUUGUUGAGUGGGAGCUUUCAUACGAUGUUUAUGUACAUGGACCAUGCUGGGGCGGUGAAGAUCUGUGGUCCCUGUUAAUUAAGACACCGUAAAUUAACGAUCAUCUGAAAUCCGCCAUUGUGACUUGUUAUUGCAGUAAAGUUCUCUGUUUUGUUUUGAACUA